CAAAGAUCCUGAGGGGAGAGAUGAAACUCCGGGGGUCCCUGGCCUGCCUCCUGCUGGCCCUCUGUCUGGGUAGCGGGGCAGCUAGCCCACUGCAGAGUGGAGGCGAGGGCACCGGCUCAAGUGCCGCACAAGGGGUGGGCGAUGCCAUCGGAGAGGCUGUGGGCGAAGGGGCGAAGGAAGCAGCCAGCUCCGGGAUCCAGAGUGCCCUUGGUCAGGGGCAUGGAGAGGAAGGUGGCUAUGCACUGAGGGGGGCCAGGGGGGACGCUUUCGACCACAGGCUCGGGGAGGCAGCUCGAUCUCUGGGAAACGCUGGGGACGAGGUUGGCAGACAGGCUGAGGAUGUCGUUCGACGUGGGAUGGACGCUGCCCGCAACUCCGGGUCUUGGGGGACGUCUGGAGGCCAUGGAAUGUUUGGCUCUCAAGGUGGUGCUGGAGGCCGUGGCAAUCCCGGUGGUCAAGGGACCCCCUGGGCCUCAGAAGGCAACUUUGGAACCAACUCUCUGGGUGGCUCUGUGGGUCAGGGUGGCGAUGGCAGGUCAUUCAACUAUGAGACCAAUGCUCAGGGAGCUGUGGCUCAGCCUGGCUACGGGUCAGUGAGAGGCAACAACCAAAACUCAGGGUGUACCAACCCCCCACCAUCUGGCUCCCGUGAAAGCAACUAUGCGGGAAGCAGCAGUGGUGGCGGCAAUGGUGGCAGCAAUGGCGGCAGCAACGGCGGCAGCAACGGUGGCCACGGCAGCAACAGCGGCAAUAGCCAUGGCGGCGGCAGCCACGGUAACAGUGGCCAUGGCAGCAGCCACGGCAGCAGCGGCCAAGGCAACAGUGGCAGUGGCAGUUCUGGGUCCCGGGAAAUAGAGACGUCUAAUUUUGAUGAAGGCUAUUCAGUCUCCAGGGGAACUGGCUCGUCCUCGGGCAGCAGAGGUGGAAGCGGUGGUGGAAACAAACCUGAGUGUGACAACUCAGGGGAUAAUGAGCACUCGGCCGGAGGAUCCAGGAGCCAGGAAAGCAGAGAAAGCAGCCGUCUCCUUGGGGGCUCCCACGACUACCAGGAGCAUGGGUCCAAUGGGAAUGGCGAAUACAAUGAAGCUGUCAGUGGACUCAAAGCUGUGAACUCCGACCCGUCUUCCUUGCCCUUCAACUUUGACAGUUUCUGGGAGAAUUUUAAAUCCAAGUUGGGUUUCAUUAACUGGGAUGCCAUAAACAAGGGCCGCCUCCCGCCUCCCAGCACCCGAGCCUUACUCUACUUCCGCAGACUCUGGGAGAAUUUCAAACGCAAAACUCCCUACUUCAACUGGAAACAGAUUGAGGACUCAGAUCUAUCAUCCCUGCAGAAGAGGGCAGGAGGCGCUGAUCAGUUUUCUCAGCCUGAAGCAGCAAGACAAGAGUCAGCUGUCACAGCCAAGAACUACUACAAUAACCCGCAGGGGAAUCCUACUUACAACUGGCAAUACUAUGCCAAGACCACUACCAAGGGAGGAGUCACGCCUUCAUCAUCCUCGGCUUCCCGGGCACAACCUGGCCUGCUGAAGUGGCUGAAGUUUUGGUAGAAAUUUUCUUCUAGUCGCUGCUGACACUUCAUGAACACAGGUCUUCAGGGAGCUUGAUUGUACUUACCCACAGUCCUCUCUGCUGCGACAGAGCUACCUGGGUGUUGACAACCCCCCCAUCAUCCCACCUAGGGACCUGGUUUACCUGUUCUCAUCCUCCUCAUUUGGCUAUGGUGUCUCGGAGACAAAUCAGCCUCGUGGGGUUACCAGCCAGUGUCUUCCCCUUCUCCCGAUCGUGAUGGGAAGUUCCCAUAAUGCACUAGGAACUUCCUGCUUUCAAGCUUCUCCGUGGAAAUAAAACACGACUUUGUUUUCCCAA